GGGCAGCGCGCUCUGAAAGUUCGUGACCGCCUCAGCCAAGUAACUCUGAGCCGGGACGCGCAGCUCAGGCAGCGGCAGGACUCAAAAGCUGUAACCAGUCUCACUACCCUUUUGCGGUCACAAGCGGCCACCCUCCAGGCCCGGUGCUCCCGCGCCUGAUCGGGGUUCAUGGAGCCGGGGCUGUGGCUCCUUCUCGGGCUCACAGUGACCUCCGCUGCAGCUGCACUGCCUGCACAGCCUGGAAGCGCUGGGCAGGAACGAAGACCAGGCAGGUCUGUGAAACAGGAGGACAAGGGGGUGCCUGCACACCACCGACCUCGGCGCUGCACGUGCUUCACUUAUAAGGACAAGGAGUGUGUCUACUAUUGCCACCUGGAUAUCAUCUGGAUCAACACUCCUGAACAGACUGUGCCCUAUGGACUAUCCAACUACAGAGGAAGCCUUCGGGGAAAGAGGUCCUCGGGGCCAGUUCCAGAAAGCUCCCAGCCUUCUCUACCGGCACGCUUGCGUUGUACUUGUAUGGGAGCAGAUGACAAGGCCUGUGCAUACUUCUGUGCACGCACUGCAGAUGUCACCAGUUAUUCCAGGAGAGCAGAAAGGCCAGCUGCCGAAGAGAAUCGGGAGACUGGAAGCCCACAUCGAAGGUUGAAGUCAAAGACGGAUAAAGCCCACCAGUCUUAGCUGGCUUUAGCGGGUCACAACUGAUGCUUCUUGCUUCCUGCAGUGGACUUCCCCCUGCUCUCCCUGCCUGCCGACUCUCUUCCAGGAAAGAGCCUUUGAGCUUGUGCAUACAGAGCUUGAAUUUCCACCUCUUUAGGGACAAGGAGGGAAUUGGCCUGAGGCAAAAAUGAAAGAACGAAGGACCAUCCAAAGAGCCCCCCCCUCCCCACUUACCCGACUCUAAGAAUGCCCAAGUCCAAAAGACCUCAGCUUCCCUAAUGGGUAAAAUGAUCC